AAAAUCGACAUGCACUUCAACAAUAACCUAUUUUUUCUAUGGCAAUAACACAAGAUGGCUCACUGUAGCUACAGUAAAUUCUCACAUUUAUUAAAAUUAACAACCGCUAACCUAAAUAAACCAACAGUGUUAUGGACAGGGAGAGACGUUCAACAUGCUCCACAAAGCGGCAAAUAUUUCAUACGUUUUCAUAAGACCUCAGGUCCUGAGAGGUCGUUGCCGGAGAGACAGAAGCAGCACAUGGCUCGUGGCUUGCCCAAACAAAAGCCCAUUGCUGGAGUGAAACAAGUUAUUGUGGUGGCCUCAGGGAAGGGGGGUGUUGGGAAAUCAACCACUGCAGUGAAUUUGGCCCUUGGACUCACAGCUAAUGAUCCAAGUAAAACUGUGGGCAUCUUAGACGCUGAUGUUUACGGUCCCUCAAUUCCUAAGCUGAUGAGCCUGAAGGGGAACCCAGAACUAACUGACAACAACCUAAUGAGACCACUUAUGAAUUUUGGGAUUCCUUGUAUGUCCAUGGGGUUUCUGGUAGAGGAUAUUGCACCCAUUGUCUGGAGGGGCCUGAUGGUGAUGUCAGCUAUAGAGAAGCUACUUAGACAGGUAGAUUGGGGACUGCUGGACUACCUGGUUAUUGACAUGCCACCUGGGACUGGAGAUGUUCAGUUAUCAAUCACUCAGAACGUCCCAAUAGCAGGGGCAGUGAUCGUGUCCACUCCUCAGGAUAUUGCCUUGCUGGAUGCACGCAGAGGUGCAGAAAUGUUCAGAAAGGUCAAUGUACCGGUCCUGGGCAUAGUCCAGAAUAUGAGCGUGUUUCAGUGCCCCAAGUGUAACCACCAGACCCACAUCUUUGGGGCAGAUGGAGCAAGGACCCUUGCUGAUACUCUGGGAGUACAAGUAUUGGGAGACAUUCCUCUACACCUGAGCAUCAGAGAGAUGUCAGACAGAGGCCAGCCUGUAGUGGUGUCCUCACCUGACAGCCCUGAGGCUGAGGCCUACAGAAAGGUGGCGACUGCCGUGGUCCAGCGUCUAGAAGAACUAUCUGGUUGAGUUAUUGCCCUCCACUGUGUAGGACAACUGGACAACUCGUCAUCUACAGGAGAUUCAGUGCAUUCGGAAAGUAUUCAGACCCCUUAACUUUUUCCACAUUUUGUUACUCUAAAAUGGAUUAAAUAUUUUUUUUCCCCCUCAUCAAUUUACACACACUACCCAUAAUGACAAAGCAAAACA